UUUCCCCUGAGCCAGUCUCCGCCCCGGAAGUACCUUGAAUCGGAGAAAAGGGCCCUGGGAAAAAGGAAGCUUCCUGCCAGCUGCGGCUUUUGUACUGGAGCUAAAAUGGCGAUGGCGCAAACCAAGAGCGGGAUUCUUCUCAGUGCGCUGUGUCCAAAGUUUUUGCACACAAACUCAACCAGCCACACCUGGCCUUUCAGUGCAGUGGCAGAACUUAUAGACAAUGCUUAUGAUCCUGAUGUGAAUGCAAAACAGAUGUGGAUUGACAAAACAGUUAUAAAUGAGAACAUAAGUUUAACAUUCAUGGACAAUGGAAAUGGUAUGAAUGCAGACAAGUUACAUAAGAUGUUGAGCUUUGGCUUCAGUGACAAAGUUACAUUGAAUGGCCGUGUUCCAGUUGGAUUGUAUGGAAAUGGAUUUAAAUCAGGAUCAAUGCGCUUGGGGAAAGAUGCAAUUGUUUUCACCAAGAAUGGAGAAAUCAUGAGUGUGGGCAUGUUAUCACAAACCUUCUUGGAAGCUACAAAGGCAGAACAUGUAAUUGUUCCCAUUAUAUCAUUCAACAAGAAACGGCUAGUAAUGAAACCAGAUGAAUCAGCAGCCAGCUUGAAGGCUAUUCUGGAACAUUCUUUGUUUCCCACUGAAGAGGAGCUGCUUGCAGAGCUUGAUGCCAUUAUAGGAAAAAAAGGAACAAGAAUAAUUAUUUGGAACCUUAGAAGAGAGAAAAAUGAACAAACAGAAUUUGAUUUUGAUACAGAUAAAUAUGAUAUUAGGAUUCCUGCAGAUUUAGAUGAAGUAACAGGAAAAAGAGGGUAUAAAAAACAAGAGAGACAAGAUCAGAUUGUUCCUGAAAGUGACUAUUCAUUACGGGCUUAUUGCAGUAUUUUAUAUUUAAAGCCAAGGAUGCAAAUUAUUAUAAGAGGACAGAAAGUACAAACACAACUGGUUUCCAAAAGCCUUGCCUACAUAGAACGUGAUGUUUACAGGCCAAAGUUUCUGGCUCCCAAAACUGUAAGAAUUACUUUUGGAUUCAACUGCCGAAAUAAAGAUCACUAUGGAAUGAUGAUGUACCACAGAAACAGACUAAUCAAAGCUUAUGAAAGAGUAGGCUAUCAGCAAAGGGCAAACAACAUGGGAGUAGGUGUGGUUGGAAUUAUUGAAUGCAACUUCCUAAAGCCAACCCAUAAUAAACAGGAUUUUGAUUAUACUAAUGAAUACAGACUUACAAUACAAGCACUUGGUGAUAAGCUUAAUGAUUACUGGAAUGAGAUGCAAGCAAAGAAAACAGAUUCUCCUCUAGAAGUGCUAGUUGAAGAUACCCAGAAGCGGCCUGAUCAGACUUGGGUUCAAUGUGAUUCAUGUCUGAAAUGGAGGAAACUUCCAGAUGGAAUUCCCCACUUACCAGAUAAAUGGUAUUGUUCAUACAACCCUGAUCCUCAGUUCAGAAACUGCAAUGUCCCUGAAGAACCUGAAGAUGAUGAUUUAACACCAUAUGAGAAAACGUAUAAGAAAAAAGACCGGGAGAAAUUAAAGAAAAGACUGGAGCUUAGCCAACAGAUUUAUAAUGAAAUGUAUUUACAAACAUCAGCUGCCUUGUCCAGUACACCCCCAGCAAGGAGUGAGAGUGUUUCAAUAUUGCAUGCAGACGCUUCAAAUACAUCUCUUACUAGAUCUCUAAACAACACAUCAGUAUCUUCUCAUUCUGAUCCUGAAAACAGCUUUAAACGAAAACUUUCCAAUGCUGACUCACCACUACCUUUUAAGAUCACACGGGUGACUAGCCAAGCAUUUGAGAAUAAGAGGUAUGAUGACGACGAUGUUAUAAUCUUGGAAGACAGCAGUACUCCAAAACCUGUAGCAGUAGAUUGUGACAUCACAAUAGUAAAAGUUGAAGGUGGGGCUGAUGUUGAUUUUAGUGGCAUUGAGGGAGAAAUUUCCAAGAACAAAGAUGCUUGUUCAGAAACAAAUUGUUCAAAAGGAACUGCAGCAACACAGACUGAAACAGGGCAACUUAUAGUAAAGAAAGAAGAAGCAGAGGACAAUAGAGAUAAACAGCUAUUCAGAUCAGAACCUGAAGUAACCCUGCUAGAACCUCCUCGUGUUUCAGAGUCUGCUUUUGUGGAUGUAGAUAUCAAGAUAAAUGAAUUAAGCAUUCAACUACUGUUAGCGAAUGGUGAAAAAGAAAACUACCAAAACCAGUGUGAUACGUUGGCCAAAGAGGUAAAGAUGUUAAAGCAAAAGAUAGUGGAUAUGAAUGAUAAGCAUGUGAAAAAGGAAAUGUGUCAUCAGUACACAGAAACAAAUAAUAUAUUAUCAGAUGAAGAAUUAGAAAAAAUUAAAGAAAGAAGUCCAGAAGAGAUACUGAUUCUAUAUGAACAGGCAUUGAAAGAGAUGGGGAAACUGAAAGAAAAGUGUGAAACUCUGCAGAAGUUAAAAUCUGAAUGGAGUAAAUGUGAAAAUAACAAGAGUAAAAAUGAAGUAGACGACAUGGCUGUGCAACUUGAUGAUGUUUUCAGACAGCUGGACAAAUGCAGCAUUGAAAAAGACCAAUAUAAAAAUGAGAUCGAGCUACUAGAAAUGGAAAAAACGCAGCUGGGUUUUCAGUGUGAAGAGCUGAAAGCAGAAAUUGCACAAUUAAAAACGACAAUUCCGGAAAUGGUUGCACAUGCAAAUAAUUCUGUGGCUACUAAUCUUGAAGACCCUGUAAAUUAUUCUAAUGGAGAAAGCCUGAAGCUGCGAUCCCUGCGAGUUAAUGUGGGACAGCUACUUGCAACAAUAAUGCCUGACCUUGAUUUGCAACAAAUGAAUUACGACGUUGACGUAGUUGAUGAAAUUCUAGGACAAGUUGUGGAGCAUAUGAAUGAAAUCAGUACUACUUAAUUUUGUUCCUCCUUCAGUCUUAACAUACUUUUCAUAGUUCGUGUUUUCUUCUGAGGUUUGGAGCCUGUAAAGACCAUUCUCGUUAGAGCCAAGCUAAACAUGAGAACUGCCCUAAUUGCCUUUUUUACUUGGACUGCGGCAUUGGGAAAGAGGAGUAAACCCUGCUGUAUUAGUGUAAAAAAUCACCCUUCCCGUGCAGCACCCAUUAGUCCCUAAAGGUAAGCUUUCAUAGGCACCUAUGGAGCUUCCCUUCUGGAGCUAAUACCCAGAGUGGGGGAGGGGAGACCUUCAUAGCAAACACAGCAGGGGAGGAAAGGGUUGUAUCCCGCAUGCUGCAGUCCUGACAAAAAGGGGGGGAGCAGCUGAUUAAAGAAAAAGGUACAUCUUUAGCACUAUGUCUAGUUUUACUCUCAUUGAAUGCAUAAUAUGUAUGUAUCAGAUGACACCACAUUUGCAUUGUAUUACCACUUUGGAAUUCUAAAUAUUUCUUACAGAUGCUUUUAAUUUUAUAAUUCAUUUAAAAAUUAAACAGAUGCUUUAAAUGCUGUUGUAUGCCUUUUUAACGCUUGUUUUUAAAAGGUACACUGGCAAAACCCAAUAUUGGCAAGUAGCAUUUCACUGGUAUUUUAUAGUGGCCUAUGAGUAUUUCUAAGCUUUGAUACCUGAUUGUGUAUUAUACACUGAUUAAGAGUAUUGCAAAACAAUUGUUAUAUGACAUCACAUUUGUUGAGUUCAGAAAUCAUGUUUUUAAUGUGUAUGAAGUUGUCAAAAGUUACCCUCAUAUUAUAAAUGCUGUUGUGUCCCUUUUUUCUUUUUCUUUUUUAAAGGAAUAUCAGCAGUUUUGGCAAGCAACACUUUUCCAGUGUACUGCUGUUGGUAUUUAAACAUGCCCUGUAUGUCUAAGCUUAAAUACCUGAUCAUGUAUUAUAUACUGAUUAAGAGUAUUGCAAACCAUUUAAAUUAGGUUAUGUUUUGUUUAACUAUAAGAUACAGAUGUGAAAUAUUGCCAUAUGGUUUUAAGGAGUUAUUUUUACAUUUUUCUGUAAUUUUAUAUUUUUUGUUUUUCAUUACUCUCUGUAUUCUUCAAUAGAUGAAUGUACUGUAAAGUCUGGGUAAAAUAAAUUGUGACUGUAUGGAUGAUAUUAUUUAAAUUUAUACUGUACAUUAACACUUUGAAGAAAAGUGAAGAAAUGUAAAUAAGUUUUUAUUUACAUGAAAUUAAUCAAAAGAUGUAUAUUUUGUACUAAAUGAGGGGCACAUUCUGAUGGUCUGAGUGAUUAAAAAAAAUCCUGUAUCUGGAAACUUUUCCUAGUAAUAAAAAAAACUUC